AAUUUCUGAGAUUCGCGUCUCUUGUCACACUUCUGUGUAAUUUCAUUGAUUCUGUAGAUCUCUGCUCAUCCUCGCCGUAGCUAAUUUUCUUUUGUGGACCCCCUUUUGACAGAAUCUUGUCGAAAUUAGGGAAAAUAACAAAUGGGUCAAGUUUUAGGAUGUGUCCAAGUCGACCAGUCGACCGUUGCAAUCAAAGAGACGUUUGGAAAAUUCGACGACGUUCUCGAGCCAGGCUGUCACUGUUUGCCAUGGUGCUUGGGGAGCCAAGUCGCUGGUCACCUUUCCCUGCGUGUUCAACAGCUCGAUGUUCGCUGCGAGACCAAAACUAAAGAUAAUGUGUUUGUCACCGUUGUUGCUUCGAUUCAAUACCGGGCCUUAGCUGAGAGUGCUCAGGAUGCUUUUUACAAGCUUAGCAACACCAGGAACCAGAUUCAAGCUUAUGUCUUUGAUGUGAUCCGAGCAAGUGUGCCUAAGCUGGAUCUAGACUCCACCUUUGAGCAGAAGAACGACAUUGCCAAAACCGUUGAGAGUGAGCUUGAAAAGGCUAUGUCGCAUUACGGGUAUGAGAUAGUCCAGACGCUUAUCGUGGAUAUCGAGCCUGAUGUGCACGUCAAGAGAGCUAUGAAUGAGAUCAAUGCUGCUUCGAGAAUGAGAGAGGCAGCUAGUGAGAAAGCAGAGGCAGAGAAGAUACUUCAGAUCAAGAGAGCUGAAGGAGAAGCUGAGUCGAAGUACCUUUCAGGUCUUGGUAUUGCCCGCCAGAGACAAGCCAUUGUGGAUGGUCUGAGAAACAGCGUGCUGGCCUUCUCCGAGUCUGUUCCAGGGACGUCUUCCAAAGACGUCAUGGACAUGGUUCUGGUCACUCAGUACUUCGACACUUUGAAGGAGAUUGGUGCGUCUUCGAAGUCAAACUCGGUGUUCAUACCGCACGGUCCAGGUGCUGUUAAGGACAUUGCUUCACAGAUCAGGGAUGGUCUUCUUCAGGGAAACGCUGCUGCUGAGUAAGAGAUCAUAAAAGUACAAAGCUUUAUCAGGGUUUAGUUGUGUUUCUAUUGUUGAAAGUCCUUGUGGAUUCCUUUUAAAAUACAUAUCGUUGGUUUGUUUAUGGCUUGUGGACGGGAUCGUAUGUUUGGUUUUAGUUAUGUUUUGGGCUUGAGAGUAUUUGAAGCAAUUUGGGGUUCUAAAAACUAAAUAUCUUAUUUACAAAAAUUUAUAUAUGCGAGUGAAGCUG